CAACUUCUUACAUUCUAUCACUUACGUGAUAGACAAAAUACAAUAGAUAAGUUUUCAGAUAAAUGUAUUAAACUCGCCAGCUACACGCGAAGUGUAAAAGUUCAAUCCGCUCAAAUAUUUUAUUUAUGGAUUUCUCUUUGUGGUAAAUUAGAGAAUUGCAUUUGAAAAUGGAGACGACCGCGUUAAAACACAACAAGAGUACAGAAAUCGAUAAAGGUCCUGCAUUUGGUAUAAGACAUGUACAAGUCGUAUUUCUGUUUUGUUUGGCCAUUAUAGUGUAUGGAACAAGAUUUGGUUUCUCAGUGUCCUUGGUAGCAAUGACUCAACAAAAUUCUCCAAAUCCUGAUGUACCUGUUUAUAAUUGGACCAACAAAAACAUCCUUCUCUCCACCUUUUUCUGGGGAUACGUCGUCCCUCAACUACCCACCGGUAUAUUAAGCACAAAAUUUGGCUCAAAGUACAUUCUACUAACUGCUAUGUUCAUGAACUCUUUUGCAAGUAUUUUAAUACCAACAAUGGCAAGUAAAAUUGGUAUAGAAGGAGUAGCAGUUUGUAGGGUAAUACAAGGACUGUCCCAAGGAGUGAUAGUGCCAUCAGUGCAUGGCUUGCUUGGAUGUUGGGCGCCAACUAAUGAGCGAACUAGAAUGUAUGGAACAGUUGUAGCAGGCUAUACUAUUGGUAUUAUCACUGGCCUGACUAGCACAGGUUUUAUGUGCGCUUCAUGGACUGGAUGGCCAUUAAGUUUCUAUGUAUUGCCGUCUUUUGGACUAGCCUGGGUGGUGCUUUAUUAUUUCUUCGGUGCUGCCAAACCUGCUUUGCACAGUAUGAUUACUCCAGCCGAAAGAAACUAUAUUGAACAAUCUCUUAACACUCAAAAUAUGGGGAACAUCCGUAUACCGUUCAAAUCAAUUCUCACAUCUGUACCUUUUCUUUCAACCAUCACCAUGGCACUGUGCAGCGGCUGGGGCUUCUGCAUAUUUACUACUGAACUGCCGAUCUACAUGAAUAAAGUGAUGCGCUUUGAUAUUAGAUCGAAUGGAAUAUUGUCAUCCCUUCCACACAUUUGUACACUAUUAACGGGGACUUUGGCUGCUUUCUUUGCAGAUUAUCUGAUUUCGAGAAACUAUUUGUCUGUAGGAGCAACUAGGAAAAUAAUGUCAUCAAUAGGAUCCCUUGGCUGCUCCGUCCUACUUUUAAUCGUUGCCUACAUGCCAACUAGCUAUAGAGCACUAGUUGUUGUUAUAAUAACAGUAGCUGCUUCAGUUCGUAGUUUAAAUACCGCUGGAUUUAACGUAAAUCACUUGGACUUGGCACCAAACUUCGGCUCAACUCUUAUGGGAAUGACCAAUACAGGAUCAGAAAUGUUCUCGCUGAUUACUCCGAUAGCCAUUCAGUAUAUCGUUUAUAACGAGGAAGAUCAAUAUUUAUGGAGAAUUGUGUUCCUAACAGCUGUUGGAUUUUACAUAUUCUCCACCAUCAUCUUCGUUACGUUUGGUUCAGGUGAACGCCAACGGUGGAAUUAUGUGCAAAAAAUAGAUCAAGAAGAAGACAGCAGAUAUUACGUUGAAACCGGAGAUCUCCAAAAGAUAUGAUACUUUAGUGUGUAGUUGAUUUAUUUAUUUGUUUGUCUGUACAAAUAUUUUUAUGGAAUAUUUGAUUAAAUAUAACUUUUUUAGUAACUGG